UUUCCUCUCUUCGCUAUCGGAACUAAUUUAUCAUUUAUUCGCUCCAGGUUAAUCGGGGAACAACUGACAAGGUUAGCUUAGCUUUACAGCAGCGUAAACCACGUCGUAGUUUUCCCUUUAGCAAACUUGGAGCGGUUGAAAAGAAGAGUGACCUACUGCCACCAAACUCGUCGCCACAGUCACAUGGAGUGAAUGUGGAGUAAGGUUAACUUUAACCUACGAUAUUUCCAGGAUUGCCUACUACACAGAAUAUGACAGACACCUAGCAGCUGCAGUGUCAGCAGGGAAAACCAUGGCGACGGCCUAUCUGGACCCCAACCUGAAUCACACUCAACUGGGAGGCGCCAAGUCACGACUGAGCGCAGGGGGGUCAGACCGAACCAUGGCUGGCUCCGUGGACAGGGUUCUCAAAGUCUUCCAUCACUUCGAGACCAACACUGAGAACAGCUGCUGGUCGUCCAAUAUCCGAUAUGGAGAUGCAACUGAUGUCAGGGGAAUCAUCCAGAAAAUUCUGGACAUCCACAAAGUGCGCUGGACGUCUUGUUUUGGCCUGCGUCUCAGCAACAGCCAGUCCAGAGACCAGGUGCACUGGCUCCACCCCGAUAUGGGCGUUUCCCACGUCAGAGAAAAAUAUGAACAACCAAAUGAGGAGUGGAGGUAUGAAUUAAGGAUCCGGUAUCUUCCAAAGGGCUUUGUGCAGCAGUUUACAGAAGACAAACCUACACUAAACUACUUCUACCACCAGGUCAAGAAUGACUACAUGACAGAGAUCGGGGAUCAGGUGGAGCAAGAUGUAGCUCUCAAACUGGGCUGUCUAGAAAUCAGGAGGUUCUUCAAAGAAAUGAGAGGAAACGCCCUGGAUAAGAAAUCCAACUAUGAACUACUGGAGAAGGAUGUUGGUUUGAGGCGUUUUUUCCCCAAAGACCUGUUGGAUUCAGUCAAGGCUAAAACUCUUCGUAAAUUGAUCCAGCAGACUUUUAAGCAGGUAGCCAAUCUCAACGACGAGCAGUGUAUCCUAAAGUUCUUGGAGAUACUUGCGCCAAUCUACCGCUAUGACAAGGAGUGCUUCAAAUGUGCCCUUGGGUCCAGCUGGGUGAUCCAGGUGGAGUUAGCUAUCGGGCCAGAGGAAGGCAUCAGCUACCUCUCUGACAAGGGAUCCACGCCUACCCAUCUAGCAAACUUUAACCAAGUCCAGUCCAUCCAGUACUCGGCUAUGGAAGAGAAGGACAGGAAAGGCAUGCUACAGCUCAAUGUAGCCGGUGCUGCUGAGCCUCUCACAGUUACAACAGCAUCACUUACCAUGGCGGAAAACUUGGCUGAAUUGAUUGAUGGUUACUGUCGGCUCGCCUCCAUGGAAACUCAUUCCUUCAUCGUCAGAGUUCAGAAAGAGGGAGAGAGAGCAUUGCCUUCCAUCCCAAAACUAUCUAACAAUGAGAAGAAGUUAGAAGCAGUCAGGAGUGGAGUAAGAGCGAUCUCCGUCUCAGAAGAUCUUAGUGGGGAUGAGACCGAUGACUAUGCAGAGAUAGUUGAUGAAGAGGACACAUACACCAUGCCCUCCAUGAGCUAUGGAGUAGCUGAAGCGCGGGACUACGAGAUCCAGAGGGACAGGAUAGAGUUAGGUCGCUGCAUCGGAGAGGGUCAGUUUGGAGAUGUGCACCAAGGCGUCUAUAACAGUCCGGACAAACCAGCUCUGCCUGUCGCCAUUAAGACCUGUAAGAACUGUACCUCGGACAGUGUCAGAGAAAAGUUCCUACAAGAAGCAUUGACAAUGCGUCAGUUUGACCACCCUCACAUUGUGAAGCUGAUCGGAGUGAUCACAGAGAACCCGGUGUGGAUCAUCAUGGAGCUCUGUACUCUCGGAGAGUUGCGUUCAUUCCUUCAGGUGAGGAAGUACAGUCUGGACCUGGCCACUCUCAUCCUGUUUGCCUACCAGCUCAGUACGGCGCUGGCCUAUCUGGAGAGCAAACGCUUUGUACACAGGGACAUCGCAGCCCGUAAUGUGUUGGUCUCGGCAGUCGACUGCGUGAUGCUCGGAGACUUUGGUCUGUCACGAUACAUGGAGGACAGCUCUUACUACAAAGCUUCUAAAGGUAAACUUCCUAUCAAAUGGAUGGCACCUGAAUCUAUCAACUUCAGAAGAUUCACCUCUGCCAGUGAUGUCUGGAUGUUUGGUGUGUGCAUGUGGGAGAUCUUGAUGUACGGUAUCAAGCCCUUCCAGGGGGUGAAGAACAAUGACGUGAUUGGCAGGAUAGAGAACGGCGAGCGGCUGGCUAUGCCUCCUCAGUGCCCGCCCACCCUAUACAGUUUGAUGACCAAAUGUUGGUCGUACGACCCCAGCAAGAGACCGCGAUUCACCGAACUCAAAACACAGCUCAACACCAUACUGGAGGAAGAGAAGCUUCAACAGGAGGAGAGACUUCGAAUGGAGAUGAGGAGACAAGUCACUGUGUCCUGGGACUCUGGAGGGUCAGAUGAAGCGCCGCCUAAACCCAGUAGACCAGGUUACCCCAGUCCUCGCUCCAGUGAAGGCUUCUUCACCAGCCCCCAACACAACCACUUUCCGCCAUCAGCCCACGGUGGUGUAGGAGGCGUAGGAGGCAGCUACCCUCCUACCGAUUCCUGGAAUCAGCACAGACCUGAACACACUGCACUGUGGAGCCCGAACAUGGAGGACAGCGGAUGUGUUGGCCAGGUUCUGAUGGAGGAGAGGCUGAUGAUGCAGCAACAACAGAUGGAGGAUGACCAGCGGUGGCUGGAGCAGGAGGAGAGCUUCAUGAAGACAGAGUCCAGAAACAGCCGAGGAAGCAUCGACAGAGAGGACGGCACACUACAAGCACCGGGUGGAAGCCAACAUAUCUAUCAGCCUGUAGGGAAACCAGAACACGUAGCUCCUCCUAAGAAGCCACCCCGCCCUGGAGCUCCUUGUCACCUAGGCAACCUGGCCAGUCUCUGCCCUGUGGACAGCUACAACGAGGGGGUCAAGUUGCAGCCUCAGGAGAUCAGUCCACCUCCCACCGCCAACUUGGAUCGUUCUAACGACAAAGUGUAUGAGAAUGUGACAGGACUGGUUAAAGCUGUGAUUGAGAUGUCCAACAGGAUUCAGCCUGCAGCACCAGAGGAAUACGUCCCCAUGGUCAAGGACGUGGGUCUGGCUCUGAGGACUCUGCUAGCAACAGUAGAUGAAACGAUUCCUUCGCUGCCAGCCAGCACACACAGAGAGAUUGAGAUGGCCCAGAAGUUGCUGAAUUCAGAUCUGGCCGAGUUAAUAGCGAAGAUGAAACUGGCCCAACAGUACGUCAUGACAAGUUUACAAAAGGACUACAAGAAACAGAUGCUAAUGGCAGCUCACGCCCUCGCAGUCGACGCCAAGAACCUGCUGGACGUCAUCGACCAAUCACGACUCAAGAUGAUCACCCAGACCCGCCCGCAUUAGCGUAGGAUUCAGUCAAGAUCUAGGGCACCGUGGGGGGUGCGGGGCCAGGGCAUGGUGUUGCUGUGGAGACAGAGGGUGCAGUUGGGGAGAACAUUUAGAUGGAUAUCAGUGAUGGAUGGGAAAAAGAAAAAAAAAUCGACUGAUGGACAGCAGACAUGACUGACUGAAACAAUCAGCUCCCUCUUCUCCUCCCUCAAACAUUCGUCGCUUCCUGUUUUUUCUCCGGCAACAGUCAUGUUUUGGUCAAUAUUGUGUUGUUCUGUACUUUCAGUGCAUUGUUUUGCUUUUGUAUCCAGAGAAACGCUCUUCUCUCCCAUCACGUAUCCUCAAAAAUCAUCACCUUUACUUCUUUUUAAUCUUUGAAGAAAAAUAAUCAGAGUUUUCAGAGGCUGGUUUGCGGGACUGCACAAGAAAAUUUGGGGAAUGGACGCACCAUAACUUGCCACAUAAACACAAGACUAACACUCUCCACGUAUGCAGGAUGUAACAACUGGAACUGAAGAGCCAGAAUGAGGAUGAUAAUGAAGAUGAUUUCAUGAUAUUGUUGUUUAAACAUGCUUUUAUAUCAUUAUUAAUUAUUAUUAUUACUACCAUUUUCAGCCUUGACUCUUACGGUAUGUCAAUUUAGGUUUUUCAGUCUUCCUCUUGAAACUUUUAUGAGCAAAAAUGAUUGACUUACAGUUACAGCUGCUCAUAAAUGUCAUAAUUUCAUUUCUUUCUUUUUCCAUCUUCCUCCCUAGACUUCUCUAUCUCAGGCAUCAAGACAUGGCAUAAUAAUGAUUUAUGAAAGCUGAAUUGCGAAGAACAAACUAAAUGUCUUUUUAUGGAAACAACAUGUUAAAAAAAACUGCCACAGGCCACUUUUUAAGUUAACUACAUAGUAAAUAUACAAAGAAGCUAUAUUUUUAACACGUUUCAGAGGCAUGAGUUAUUAGUGAAUAAGGGAGAGGGAUGAACGGGGGAGGGGGGAGGGUCAUUUUUAAGUAACCACAGAGGUGCUAAUUAUACUGUACAGUACGUCACCCUGUGCCAAAUGAACUGCAGUUGACUACAAAAAAGAACAUUUCAUUCAAAAUAUGUGAAUGAUAUUGGUUUCUCAUUUUUUGCAGCCUUCACUUUGUUGCUUGCAUUGUAUAUUCGAGCCAAACGUGCUGUUGCCUGUUCACUCGAAAAUAUGCAGUGCAAGAUUUCCGUUACACUCUCUGUAUCAAAUUUCCUUCAGCUUAGUUGAUCCAGGAAUUCCAUUUUCAGGGACUUUGAAACAUUUUUCACAAAACGUAUUUGGAGCAGAAUUCAACGUUAAUAAUGAUUUGUUACUCUAUCGGGGUGAAUUACAGUUGUAGUUUCAUUUACAGCUGGCUGCACUGAAAGUUAAUUGGACCUCAGUUCUGGCUUUAUUUUUAUUUUAUGACUGUGUUAAAAUAAUUGCAUCAUAAACUCUCAAAACCAGGACACAUUAAACUGUGGUUUCUUAAAACUAUGGGCUGGGGGCUGAAAUGGUUCACAGAUCUUCUUCACUGGGUUUAUGAUUAAAAAUGUUUAUGUCCAACAUGAUUUGCUCUUAAUCUCUCCUCCAUCAGUCUUCAUGUCUUCCGCUGUCUUUCUACCUCUUCUACUGGAGUUAUUUAUUCCUUUAUUCCCUCUCUACUUCUGGUCCGCCACCCUGCAUUUCUUCUUUUCCUCCCUCUGUGACCCAUACUCUGUCCUCCUCUCCUCCCUCUCUGAUUGUCUCUCCAUUCCACUGUUCCCUCUCCCCUGAGGCGAGCAGUAUUCUCAGGAAGGAGCCACAUGUACAGUUGCUAAAUCAAGCAAAUAAAAACACUGUUAUCUUUAAGAAAUACUGCCAGCAGUCAU